AUGUAUUUUGCUUGUGGCGUGGAUGGUGGCUCAACAUGCUUUUGGUGGUGGUGGUUCAACAUGCUCUUGUUGGUGGUGGUUCAACAUGCCCUUGGUGUGUUCAAUAGCUAUGGUGGGCGUCCGGUGGAUUUUCGUUUUAUUUUUUUAAAAAUAUAAUUAAAAUAUUAAAUUUUUGUAUUUUUUUUAUGUAUUUUGCUUGUGGCGGUGAUGGUGGUUCAACAUGCUUCUGGUGGUGGUAGUGGUUCAACAUGCUUUUGGUGGGUGUGGAGGCGUUCAACAUGCUCUGGAUGGUGGUGGUCUACAUAAUCUUCUGGC